UCUCCGCUCCCGGCCACGAAGAUUUUUCUCGGUGCAGUGAGUGCACGCGCUAGUCCAUUCCUCUGCGCGCGUGCUUCCGAGCUCGAUUGCUCGGCUGCUCCGAUCGCGAGCGCGGGCGUCGACCGGCCGAUGGCGGAGACGGUGGUGAGCAUGGCGCGGGCGCUGGUGGGCAUUGCCGUCAGCAAGGCCGCCUCCGCCGCCGCCGACGAGGCGAGCCUCCUGCUCGGCGUCCAGAAGGAGAUCUGGUACAUCAAGGACGAGUUAAAAACAAUUCAGGCAUUCCUGAGAGCUGCUGAAGUAGAGAAGAACAAAGAUGAGUUACUAAAGGUAUGGGCAGAGCAAGUACAAGAUCUGUCAUAUGACAUUGAAGAUUGUCUAGACGAGUUUAAAAUUCAUGUGAAAAGCCAAAGCCUGUCUGGCCAACUGCUGAAGCUUGGUGAUCGCCAUCGGAUUGCUGUUCGGAUUCGCAACCUCAAAUCAAGAGUUGAAGAAGUGAGCAACAGGAACACACGGUACAGCCUAAUAAAGACCACUUCCUCUAGCAGCGCAGAUGAGAGGGAUUCUUACAUGGAAGACAUUCGCAACCAAUCAGCUAACAACAUAGAUGAGUCAGAACUUGUAGGCUUUGCCACUCCUAAAAUGGAGUUGCUUAAGCUGAUAGAUAUCAGCUGUGAUGAUGGUCCAACUAAGGUAAUCUGUGUUGUUGGUAUGGGUGGUUUAGGCAAGACUACUCUGGCAAGGAAGACCUACGAAAGCAAGGAAGAUAUUCCAAGCUACUUCUCUUGCUGUGCUUGGGUGACUGUAUCCCAGUCAUUUGACAGGAAGGAGAUUCUAAAAGAUAUGAUCAGGCAACUUUUGGGUGCUGAUUCAUUGGACAAACUCUUGAAAGAGCUCCAGGGGAAACUGCUGGUUGAAGUGCAGCAUCUUGCUGAUUGCUUGGUAUAUGGUUUAAAGGAUAAAAGGUACUUUGUUGUGCUUGAUGACCUAUGGAGCAUAGAUGCAUGGAACUGGAUUAAUGAUAUUGCUUUUCCAAAGAUUAACAACAGAGGUAGUCGCAUAUUGGUAACAACACGAGAUGCUGGCUUAGCUGAGAGAUGUACUUCUGAACCACUGAUUUACCACCUUGAACCCCUUCAGAUAGAUGAUGCUGUACAUUUGCUACUAAGGAAGACAAGCAAAGGACAAAAGGUCAUGGAAACAGGUGAGAACAUGAAGAACAUAGUUACAAAACUAGUAAAAAGGUGUGGUUGUUUACCACUGGCUAUACUCACUGUAGGAGGCAUUCUUGCGACUAAAAAGAUAGCAGAGUGGGGAAAGUUUUAUGAAGAACUCCCUUCAGAACUUGAGAGCAAUACAAACCUCGAAGCAAUGAGGAGGAUAGUUAUCCUAAGCUAUAACCACUUGCCAUCUCAUCUUAAGCCAUGUUUUCUAUACCUUAGCAUCUUCCCUGAGGAUUUUGUAAUUCAAAGGAAACGUCUGGUGGAUCUGUGGAUAGCAGAGGGGUUUGUUAAAGCCAGGGAUGUGGUGAACAUUGAGGAUGUUGGAAAUAGUUACUUCAAUGAGCUCAUCAACCGAAGUAUGAUUCAACCAUCAGCAGUCAAUAUAGAAGGAGUGGUUAAAAAAUGUAGAGUCCAUGAUAUCAUGCGUGAUAUCAUGGUUUCAGUUUCUCGAGAGCAAAAUUUUGUACUCUUGAUUAAGGAUAACGUUACUAGCGUAGAAGAGGAGACCAUCCGCCAUGUUGCAUUCCAUGGUAACCAGUUCUCAGAAAUAUGCUUGGACUGGAGCAGUGUUCGUUCAGUAUCUGUAUUUGGUGACAGGCCCAUGGAGCCGGUGCCUUCAUUUUGUUCACCACAGUUGAGAAUGUUGAGGGUCUUGGAUUUGGAAGAUGUGAAAUUUAGACUGACACAAAAGGAUGUCAAGAAUAUAGGAUUAUUGCACCACAUGAAAUAUCUGAACAUUGCAGGAGGUUCCUAUGAUUUUGCACUUCUGAGAUCCAUAGGGAAACUGAAAUGCCUACAAACCUUGGACAUGAGGGAAGCAAAUAUUUCAGCACUGACAACUGCGAUAGUUGAGCUCAGGAGUCUCCGUAGCCUCCGUUGCAGCAAAAGGUUGGAUUAUGGUUACUUUAAUUUAAUAGACAACCCAAAAGGAUGCCUGACUAUCACGAUGUGCUUUCCCAUGAUAUUUACAACUCUUGUUGGUUUUAGCGAUCGGGCGAAUUUAAUUGCUGAGAUACAGAUGGCCUGUUCUACCCGUUGGUCUGAUACAAAAGGUGUAAGGUUGCCAAGAGGAAUCAAGUCCCUCAAAAAGUUACAGAUACUAGAGGUUGUGGACAUGAAAGGAACUAGUAGGGAAGUGAUCGAGGAGCUCGGUGAACUCAGUCAGCUAAGAAAAUUAAGUGUGACAUCAAAAGGUGCCAGUGAGAACAAAUACAAGAUAUUUUGUGCAGCUAUUGAAAAGCUUUCUUCACUCCAAUCUCUCUAUGUGGAUGCUGAGGGAUCCUCAGAUGUUGGAACACUAGAGUGGCUGGACUCUAUUUGCUCUCCUCCGCCCCUCAUAAGGAAUCUAAAGUUGAAUGGAUCUCUUUUGGAUCUGCCAAAGUGGUUUGGUAACCUUAAGCAGCUGGUGAAGAUGCACUUAUCAAGGAGUAGGCUAAAGGAAGGUAAAACAAUGGAGGUUCUUGGGACACUGCCCAAUCUCAUGCUCCUUCGUCUUUAUCGGAAUGCUUAUGUUGGGGAGAAAUUAGUAUUCAGAAGGGAGGCAUUUCCAAAUCUGAAGGAAAUUGAUAUUUACUUCUUGAAGCAGUUGAGAGAGAUGAGAUUUGAGGAGGGCACUGCGCCCCAGAUGGGAAGUAUUGAAAUCUAUGGUUGCAGGUUGAAAUCAGGGAUUGUUGGUACGAAACAUCUUCCAAGGCUUAAGACUAUUGCAGUUCAAGACGGUGGUGAUGUGGCAAACUUUGAUUUGCUACGCGCGGAAGUGGUUGCACACCCAAAUCAUCCUUUAUUGCAAGUGUCAAAGGACCGAGGCCACAAUGAUUUGGGAGGCAUUGAAGGAUCCAAUGUAGCAGCUGAAGCAACGGAAUCCCUUCCUGAUGAUGAAGUUGACGGUUCAUAAUCCUGACCUGGCUUUCAUGGACGAUGUGCCACAAGCCCACAACCACAACAAUGCACCCAUGAACUGUCAAGUUAUCAUGUUGAUAACGAGAGACCUACAAGUUUGUGUAAUCAUCAACUGAGAUGACCUUAUGUUUGCUGUUCUUCUACCAGUUUCAGUAAUCUGGAGAUAGCUUAAAUAUUGUCAACAGUAGAAUGCUGAUUCUUGCUUGUUUCAAAGUAACCUGUGCUCUCUAAAAAAACUCGACCGAUCUAGGAGGAGCUAAGUGGCAUUGUAAAUAAGAAGAAAUAAGCACUCAAUUUGAGUCGGAGAGGACUCAAACUUCAGAGGAACUAAGUGGUAUUAUAAAUAAGAAGAAAUAGGCACUUAAAUUUGA